AUGUCACCCGCAAGACGGCUUCAGGCUCAAUUGAUGCUGGAAAGCUCGGUCGAAGCUGGAAUACCUGAUGACACGCGCAAGCCUUACGUCGACGCGGUCAAUGCCGGGGUGGCUACAUGGGAGAAGGCUUGGGAGGAGACUCAAGCGGAGGGCAACUUGCUAUUUGUGCACGAGCAUGCACAGUUUGCCACCUCGAUUGACUCGGCACUCGAAUAUGUCCGACACGCAUGGAACUCUGAUGCUCCUUCUAAACCGAUCAACUUCACCAUGAUCCCCGACAAUCUCCUGCUCAAACCAGGCACUGCCGUCAUCCUCACCACUCGUCAUCCGGCGUGGGUCAUACCAGCGGUAUGCCGCGCCAUGGGCCACAUCGAGGGUGAUGCCAACCGUUCGAACUUGAUCUUCGUUUGCAAUAUGCACUGGCAGAGAGCUCUCUACGACUGGUACACUCAAAACGGUGUCAAGGCUGUCGUCGUAGAAGCAGAAGAUUACAUGACGAGCCCAGAUCUGGUGCGAAAGCUGUGCAGUGAGGUCGGCCUGGACCCAGAACGUGCCCUCUUCAGCUGGCCGCGCGCCACAGAAGAGGAGAAAGCCAGCAUGCGUCCGGUUGUGGUGCAUUUACUGCAUUCACUGCUGAACUCCACCGGGAUCAUCCCAGGAAAGGCGAACCCGCCACCUAUCCUUCCGGAUGAGGAGGUGAAAUGGAAGCAAGAAUUUGGGGAGGAACGCGCGCGUUUGAUCAAAGAAUUGGUCGAUGCCGCUAUGCCGGAUUACGAGUAUCUGAGGGCUCGGAAGUUGACGUUAUGA